ACUUGCCUGCUCCUCUGGCACCUGGUCCUGUCCUGUUCUCCAGCACGGUGUGUCUGAGGCUCCCUGGAGGCUCCUGCAUGGCAGCGCUGACAGUGACACUGAUGGUGCUGAGCCCUCACCUGGCUUUGGCUGGGGAUAUGCAGGCACAUUUCUUGGAGCAGAUUAAACAUGAGUGCUGUUUCUCCAACGCGAUGGAGAGGAUGCGGUUUGUGCAGAGACUCAUGCAUACCGAGGGGUAUGCGCGCUUCCACAGCGACUUGGGAAAGUUCCAGGCGGUGGCGGAGCUGGAGUGGAGGAGAGUCCAGGAUGGAAACAGCCAGAAGAAUCUCCUGGGCUACUUGCGGGGUCUGUUGGACACCUACUGCAGACACAACUAUGGGGGACAAGAAGCUUUUUGCAUGAGAAGAUUGCUCCAUCCUGAGGUGACUGUGUAUCCUGCAGAGACCCAGCCACUGCAGCACCGCAACCUCCUGGUCUGCUCUGUGAGUGGUUUCUAUCCAGGCAGCAUUGAAGUCAGGUGGUUCUGGAACGGCCAGAAAGAGAAGGCUGGGGUGGUCUCCACAGGCCUGAUCUGCAGUGGAGACUAGACCUUCCAGACCCUGGUGAUGCUUGAAACAGUUCUUCAGAGUGGAGAGGUUUACACCUGCCAAGUGGAGCACCCAAGCAUGACGAGCCCUCUCACAGUGCAAUGGAGAGCACGGUCUGAACCUGCACAGAGCAAGAUGCUGAGUGGAGUCGGGGUUGUGCUGGGCCUGCUCUUCCUUGGGGCUGGGCUGUUCCUCUACUUCAGGAAUCAGAAAGGACACUCUGGACUUCAGCCAACAGGUAGUGACCUUUAA